CCCUGACAGCAGCAGCGGAGCUUCCUGGAUGCGGUUGCCAUGGAGAGGGCGUGGCGACAGCAGGGGAGGGGGCGCGGCCGCAGCCAGCAGGAGGCUCCAGGUGAAAGGUCACGACCCCCACCGGGAGGACGAGGAGGAGGAGGAGGAGGGGGAGGGGGAGGGGGGGAGGAUGAAGCCCGUCGCCGUGACUACCGAGCCUGAACACGCUCCAUCGGUCCAAUCAAAGUUCGAGGAGAUCAGGAAGUCCAACCAGGCUGCUGCUCAGCGAUUGGUGGAGAGCCGCCUCAGCUCCUCCUCCGAUGAUGAUGAUGAUGAUGAAGAUGAUGAAGAUGUAGGUGAUGAGCGUAAGGAUGGAAAGAGAGGAAAGAUCCUGGAGUCGACGUUCACCAGCUACACCAGCCAGACGGGUGGUGAUGUCAGCGGUCUGGUGAGGACCGGUCAGUACGUCAGUGAUCUGUUUCAGUCUGGAGCUCUCACCUGUCUGAUCUGCAUCGCCUCGGUCAAGAGGACGCAGCCGGUGUGGAGUUGUUCCAGCUGUUUCUCUCUCUUCCACCUGCCGUGUAUCCAGAAAUGGGCGAGAGACUCUGCCUUCCUCGUGUCCUCCAUCACUGAUGAAGACUUCGGUCAGAAGCAGCACCCGUGGCCUUGUCCAAAGUGUCGAGCUGAGUAUCCUCCCAGCGCUACGCCCAACAGGUACACGUGUUACUGUGGGAAGCUGCAGGAUCCUCCAGCUGAUCCCUGGUUGGUUCCUCACUCGUGCGGCUCCGUCUGUCAGAGGGAGAUCAAACCCAGCUGUGGACACACCUGUCUGCUGCUCUGUCACCCUGGUCCCUGUCCUCCGUGUCCGAAGAUGGUUUCAGUUUCCUGUUUGUGCGGCAAAGCGAAGCCCCUCCCCCGUCGCUGUAGCAACAAGACGUGGAGCUGCCAGAAAACCUGCGGCAAGUUAUUACCCUGCAGACACCACACCUGCUCACUGCCCUGCCACACAGAGUGCUCUCCGUGUCCCAGAGUCAGUGUUCAGAGGUGUGUGUGUGGUAGAGAGGAGGCAGAGCGGCCGUGCAGCAGUCCGCAGUGGAACUGUCAGCAGGUGUGCGGCGCUCCGCUCUCCUGUGGGAAUCACACCUGUGAGGUUUUAUGUCAUAAAGGAAUUUGUCCUCCAUGUCCAAGAUCUGUCAGCAGGACCUGUCCCUGUGGAAAGACCAAGUCGUCUCUGCCGUGUACAGAGGAAGUGUUUCCGUGUGGAGACACAUGUGAUCGUCGUCUGUCCUGCGGUAAACACACCUGUUCAAUGAGAUGUCACCGUGGCAACUGUGAGACCUGCAGACAGGAAGUGGAGAAGGAGUGCCGCUGUGGUAAAUACAGGAAGUUGAUGUCGUGUCAUAAAGAAUAUUUGUGUGACUCCAAAUGUCCGAAAACCAGAAGCUGCCAGAGACACCAGUGCAGGAGGAAGUGUUGCCCCGGUAACUGCCCGCCCUGCGACCAGAGCUGCGGACGGACCCUCGGCUGUCGCAACCACAAGUGUCCGAGCGUCUGUCACCAAGGGAGCUGUUACCCGUGUCCGGAGGCCGUGGACGUCAGGUGUACGUGUGGCUCCACCUUCCUGAGCGUCCCGUGUGGACGAGAGAGGAGCACCAAGCCACCUCGCUGCAAAGAGCCCUGCAGGUGUCCUCCGACCUGCCACCAUCCGACCAGAGAGAGUCACCGCUGCCACCCGGGAACCUGCCCCCCCUGCCGACAGACCUGCCUGCUGCAGCUGCCCAAGUGCACCCACACCUGCCCACAGCCCUGCCACGACAUGGUGCUGGUCAAAUCCCAACCGGUGCGGUUAGCGGGUCCGUGGGAGCAGCCGUCUGAACCAGCGUUCGUGAAGAAAGCUCUGCCGUGUCCGCCGUGUCAAGUCCCGAUACCGACGUCCUGCUUCGGAGAACACGAGGUGAGUCCGGUGCCGUGUCAUCGCCGUGGGAGAUUCUCCUGUAAGCGGCCGUGCGGACGACCUUUGACCUGCGGCAACCACAGCUGCAGCAGGGAGUGUCACCUGGUUACCGACGGCAACAAGCAGUGUGAGGUGUGUGACGAAGGCUGCUGUAAGCCCCGCCCCCUCGGCUGCCCCCACACCUGCUCCCUCCGCUGUCACCCCGGCAACUGCCCCCCCUGCAGCCAGAUGAUCCGCCAGCGCUGCCACUGCAAGAUCAGCAUGCUCUACGUGGAGUGCACGAAGAUGACAGCAGCUGAUAAACAGACGAAGAUGGAGCUGGGAUCCUGCAACAACCAGUGUCCUAAAGAGCUGAGCUGUGGUCACCGCUGUAAGCAGGUGUGUCAUCCAGGUGUGUGUGAGGAGAAAUGUCAGCAGAAGGUGAAACUUCGAUGUCCCUGCAAGAGAAUCAAGAAGGAGUUCUCGUGCUCUCUGGCGCCUCAGUGUGGCAUUCAGUGUGACACCGCCUGCAAAGACCAGCAGAAGAAAGUCAGCCAGGUGAAGGAGGCGGAGCAGAAAGCAGCUCAGGAGGAGGAGCAGAAGAGGCUUCAGGAGGAGCUCGAGGCGUUCGAGAAGCGUCAGCAGCGAGGAGGACGGAGGAGUAAGAAGCGAGGGAGGAAGGAGGAGGUGGAUGACGAGCAGGGGAGGAGGGGGAGGUGGUGGAGGAGGUGCGCCGCCUUCGUGCUCGUCCCGCUGGGAGGAGCGCUGCUGUCUGCCGCCGCGUACUACGUCCUGAGCCCGCAGUGACAUCACGACGCUAUGACAUCAUGACGCUAUG